AGGGGGAUCACUUUCCCCUUGUGUCCGCCAUAUUGGACGGUAACUCUGCCCAGCGGCGCCGGGGCCGAGCGAGUCCCCGUGGCCGUGACAGCCCCGCUUCGCCCGCGCCGCCCGGGGAGCUCCGGCCCCGCCCGGCCUCGCCAGCCCCGGGCGCUUGGCGCGACCCCGCGCCCCUUCCCCCACCUCCUCCUCCUCCUCCCCGGCGCUCCCUCCUCCCGUGCCCGGGUGUCAGCACCAUGAGUCCGGCCGACGCCAAGCGCGGAGCGAAGCGCCGGAAGAACAAGCGGGGCGGCGGCCUCGGCAGCACCGGCGGGCCGGGACCCAGCGGCGGCACCGGCGGGCUGGGCAAGGCCGGGGUUGCGGCGGCAGCGGCCCCCGCCCCGCCGGGCGCGGUGGGCGCCCUGCUGACAGCUCCGGGCGGCGGCAGCGGAGCCCCAGGCGGCGCCGGGGCCGCGGCGGGACACGGCGAGGUUUCACUAAAUGGUACACAGUUUACAGACAGUUCUGUUGGAUCAGAAUUCACGGGUGUUUCACAGACACCAUUUACCUUUGGCUUGGGCCAAAGGGCACCAUAUACAACUGGCGAGCAUUGUCUUCUUUGUAGAAGUGAACGAAAAGAUACUUCGCUUUCAGAGAGCGGAAUCAAGAAUUCCAGCAAAACAGCACUUUCCACAUCUCCAAAAGCAAACAACAUGCUGCACCUCCCACUGUGGGUGUGUCCAGACUGUCGAAGAACAGUCGAAAAGGAGGAGAGGCAUGCUACAAUAGAGCAGUCUCUCGUGAGCCAAGAUUUCCUUUUGCACAUGCCUCUUGGAAACAGUGGAUCACAGCAGGAAUCUGUAGGAGGAGGAAGAAUAACUGUUGGUGCACAGACAGUGCCUGCUGCAGAUCUUAGCAAUUCCUCUCCUUCAGACAUAGCGUGCAACUGUGAGGCCUGUAAUGAACGCAGAGAAAAUUCAGCAGAGCCUGAACGUGAACCUCAGCAGCUACAGAAUUACUGGUCUGAAGUCAGGUACAUGGUCCGGUGUAUUUAUCGUCAAGCUGGGACCCCUCUGGCAGAUGACCAAGACCAAUCGUUGGUACCAGAUAAAGAAGGCAUGAAAGAGCUGGUGGAUAGGCUUUGUGAAAGAGAUCCAUACCAGCUUUACCAACGGUUGGAGCAGCAAGCGAGGGAAUACGUGCUGGAGAUGAAGGUUCGCCUGCUCAGACACCUGUCCCUGGGAUCCAAGGUUGCAUCGACGUUAGCGACAGAAGGGCCACCCCAGGCCCAGCAGUUCAUCUCACUCCUGCUUGAAGAGUACAGUGCACUCUGUCAGGCAGCCUGUACAAUCAGCGCCUUCCUAGUUACUCUGGAAAAUGAACAUUUGAAGAAAUUUCAGGUGACGUGGGAAUUGCACAACAAGCAUCUGUUUGAAAAUUUGGUGUUUUCUGAGCCACUUCUGCAGAAUAGCUUGCCAACGCUGGUGUCACAGCUAAGGCUUGGAACAACCCACGAUUCCUGUAGUGAAGAUAUGUACAGUACCUUGCUACAAAGGUAUCAUCAGCUGGAACAGGAAAUGGGCCAAGUUGCUGAAGCAUGGCUUGAAUGCCAGAAAAGAAUAGAUGAUUAUGUUGAUGAACAGAUGGCAAUGAAAACAAAACAACGCAUGCUAAAGGAAGACUGGGAAUUUUUUAAACAGAGGCGUUUUAUUGAAGAGCAGCUUAAUAACAAGAAAGCACUAUCUGGGGAGAACAACUUCACAGACACAAUGAGACACAUGCUGUCAUCACGUUUGAGCAUGCCUGACUGUCCCAACUGUAAUUAUAGAAGAAGAUGUACUUGUGAUGACUGCAGCCUUUCACACAUUUUAACGUGUGGCAUCAUGGAUUCUCCCAUAACGGAUGAUAUCCACAUUAACCAGUUACCACUACAAAUUGAUUCUGCUCCGGAUUAUUUAUCUGAGAUCCGCCCACCCAGUAUGUCUUCAGCAAGUUCAGGAUCUGGUUCCAGCUCACCUAUCACAAUUCAGCAACAUCCCAGACUCAUCCUCGCAGAUAAUGGCUCUGCACCAACUUUUGGUAGUGAUGAUGAUGAUGUUGCACCAUUAUCAGCAAAAUUUGCUGAUAUCUACCCACUGAACAAUUACGACGAUGCAGAGGUUGUAGCCAACAUGAACGGAAUCCACAGCGAGCUAAACGGCGGCGGCGAAAACAUGGCCCUGAAAGAUGAGUCUCCUCAGGUGAGCAGUACUAGCAGCAGUUCCUCAGAAGCAGAUGAUGAAGAAGCAGAUGGGGAGAGCAGUGGUGAACCACCAGGGACUCAAAAGGAGGAAAUGAAUCUAGGGAAAAGGGCAUUAAGGAAAGAUGAAACAAAAAUGGAUAGUCCACCACCUUCUUACCCCAGUCAGCAGGCUGACCAAGGUCCAAAUGCUUGUGAAUGUCACGUUUGCAAACAAGAAGCCUCAGGACUAACAGUCUCUGCACUUGCAACUGGACGCCUGCCUGCUGGGCACCAGUUUAUGAAUCCUGAAAAACCUGCACAUCCUGCACUUCAUCUUUAUCCUCACAUCCAUGGACAUAUACCAUUGCAUACAAUUCCUCAUCUGCCUCGUCCGCUUAUCCAUCCCACCUUGUACACUGCUUCUCCCUUCACACACAAUAAGGCAUUACCACCAGCUCCAGUUCAGAAUCAUACAAACAAGCAUCAAGUAUUCAAUGCAUCUCUCCAAGAUCAUAUUUAUCCAAGCUGUUUUGGGAGCACUCCAGAUUGGAAUAGCUCUAAAUUUAUAAGUCUUUGGGGUUCAGAGGUGAUGAAUGACAAGAACUGGAAUCCUGCUACAUUUUUGCCUGACACAAUUCCUGGGAGUGAUAUAUUAGCACCAGCACUCUCAGAAAUAAGACCCGAAGCACUUCCUACUACAUCUAGCAAUGAGACAACAGCAGUUACUGACAGCAAAGAGAAAAAAAAUGCUGCAAAGAAGAAAUGUCUGUACAAUUUCCAGGAUGCCUUUAUGGAAGCUAACAAAGUUGUCAUGGCAACCUCUUCUGCCACUUCUUCUGUCUCCUGCACAGCAACUACAGUGCAGUCAAGCAGCAACCAGUUCAAAGUAUCAUCCAAGAGACCUUCAUCAAUAGGUGAAGUGUUCCACAAUAUUAAUAAAGAGGACCAUAGGCAUUCUGCACCAGUUGCACCACGAAAUAGUCCUACCAGUUUAGCAUCCCUUCCUUUACUGUCUCCUGCUGCACUGUCUCCAGCCUCCACACCACAUCUUCCAAACCUUGCUGCUCCUUCUUUCCCCAAAACUGCUGCAACAGCCCCUGGAUUUGUGGAUCCUCAUUCAGGUCUUUGUCCUACUACAGUUGCACCUCCUACUUCAACGACAGACAGCUCUGUAAGUGCCCCACCAAGUGUCUGCAGUGAUCCUGACUGUGAGGGCCAUCGCUGUGAGAACAGUAACACGUACGAUCAUCAGCAGUAUGAUGGAGAGGAGAGCCAGGAUGAAGAUAGCUGCUCAGAGCAUAGCUCCAGUACCUCAACUUCCACAAAUCAGAAGGAAGGAAAAUACUGUGACUGCUGUUACUGUGAGUUCUUCGGCCAUGGAGGACCUCCAGCUGCACCAACCAGUAGAAAUUAUGCAGAGAUGCGAGAAAAGCUUCGUUUGCGUUUAACUAAAAGGAAAGAGGAGCAGCCGAAGAAACCGGAUCAGAUCUCUGAAAGGGAAAGUGUUGUUGACCAUCGAAAGGUGGAAGACUUGCUGCAGUUUAUAAACAGCUCUGAAACCAAACCUGUAAGCAGUUCUCGUGCAGCCAAGCGAGCCAGGCAUAAGCAAAGAAAGCUUGAAGAAAAAGCUCGACUUGAAGCUGAAGCCAGAGAGAGGGAGCAUCACCAGCUGCUUGAGGAGCAGAGGCGGCGUGAGGAAGAGGAAGAAGAGAGACUGAAACAGGAAUUACAGCGGCUCCAAGAGCUUCAGCAGUUGCGGGCUGUAAAGAAAAAGAAGAAAGAGAGAACAAGUAAGGACUGUGCAAAGGCAGAGCUGCUCACUAGGAACUACCAGGCAGUGAAGGAACCUGUCCCAAACAGCCCUGAAGACAUUCAGAAUGGUACCCUUGAGCAAUCAGAAAAGAUAGAAACCUCAGCUGGUUCACUGUCACGACAUGUGAAUCACACAGAACAGAGGCCAGUUCUAGAGACAGGCUGUGAACUGUCCAAUCCUGUCAACACUAGAGACUCAAAGCUGCUUUAUCAGAAGGAGGGCACUGUAAAGCAGCAUGAGCCCCUCUCUUUUCUGCUUGAUAUUAUGCAUCAACAUAAAGAAGGAAACAGCAAACAGAAACUAAAACAGAUGAACAAACAGUGUGUUGAACAAGUGAAAAAGCCUGUUGAAUCCCCCAAAGCAGCUGAGAUUCAAACUAAAACCAGAAACCAAAUAGAAUCCAAAGCAAAAGCAGCAGAGCUCCCACCACUUGCAGAACCUAAAAAGGAUGAGAAGAAAUUAAACAAUAACAACAAAAAACAGUUGAACCAUGUAAAGGAAGAGAAGGCACCCGUAACAAGUGAAUCCCCAUCACCAAGUGAACAGCAGCAAAAUAAUAAGCUAAUACUUGCAGAUUCUCCUCAACCAAAAGGCAAGAACAAGAAAAAUAAGAAGAAAAAAGGGGACAAAGUCAACAAUUCCAUUGAUGAUGUGUUUCUACCCAAAGACAUUGAUCUAGACAGUGUGGAAAUGGAUGAAACAGAACGAGAAGUGGAGUAUUUUAAAAGAUUCUGCUUGGAUUCUGCCAGACAGACAAGGCAGAGACUUUCCAUCAACUGGUCCAAUUUUAGCUUAAAAAAAACCACCUUUGCUGCACAUUGAAAUGACACAAUACAGGGAGGGAACCCUGCAGGAAUCAAUGAAAGACAACUCCACUUACCUGUCCUGCUGUGCUGAGAGCUUCUCUGGUCUUGAGCCAGUGCUGCCUUGCCUUGUCCCCAGUGCUGUGUGGAUCUGCACUGAACCCUUUGGCCUGAUAAUUCUUGCGGACUGAAAAAUUGCCACUUUCUACCUGAAUUUGUUAGCUUGUGUGCUUGUAGUCUGUGAGUGAGACUUACUUGAUUGUAGCUGUAUGCUGUUGGAGUUGGAACAAUAGCUCUUUUCCAGCUCCUUCUGAAUGCCUUGGCCUCAGAGACUUUAAAUUGCUUAGGCUUGGGUGGAGGCCAAAAUACUAGGUUGCAUCAUCUGCAGUGGCUCCUGUCACUUCUGCAUCUUGCUAUGUUUUGUCAUUCUGACUCCUGACAAAGGAAUGGACCUAGUCAGUUGUGCUUUCAUCUGCUCCAGAAUUCUCCUGACAUGACUUCAUGAAAAAAAGGCUCUUACGGGACAAGUAUUCCCUCAGUUCUUUCACAAUCUACUGUUUAAGAGUGUACAAGUUACGCUAUUUGUGUUUUGAUUUUUUUCUUCCUGACUUGUAGCCAGCUUGUGUAAGAAUACUUGCAGAAUGAGAAAAUUUAAAAAAGAACAGUACUCACACUAUCAAAUCUGUUAUAGAGUGUAUAAUUGUAUUAACACUGAAGCCUAACUGGCUACUUUUUUAACAUAUUGUUAAGUAAUAUUAAAAUCAUGUCUUUCUUUUUGAAAGAUGGAAUACAUUAGUAUGGCAGAUGACUUGUGUCUUGCUUUUUUCUGCAUGCGUGGGGAGAGGGAAGAAAGAAACAUACCAGAAAGUUUUGUCAAAUGAAUUUCAGCUUGUGUUGAAAUUGGGCAGUGAAGGCUUAUCAACUUUAAUAUAUUUUCUGUUUGCCAACUAUCUGCUAGAGCAAGAAAGAUGCCUCCUGAUUGCUGAACUAAAUUUUUGUGAAUUACUGUAAUAUUUCUAUUUCAGUGGAUCAUUUGUGAGCAACAAGGUAAUACAGAAAUUUCCAGUUUAAUAGCAGUGCAAUAGUGAAGUAGGCAGGUUCAGUGCUGCUGUCAGGUAAAUGGUUAACAAUAUAGUAGUGGUUUGCAAUUCCAUAGUAUGCCCAGUGAGAAAGAAGAUGGGUGAUUUAGGAGUUUGAACUGUGUAAAGAUAGCACACUUGUAGAGGUUCUCUGAAACUCUGUUCUGAACGGAGACAGCAGAGGCAUUUUACUUCUAGGUGACCAUACCCAAAUUGUAAGGCAGUUGUCUUCUUUUUUUAUCUCUUUUUGUUUGUUUGUUUGUUGUUUUUGUUAAAAAAACAUAUCUUCCACUCAGCAUAUAUUUAAUGCCCUUUCCCAGAACUGUUGCACAGUUUUCUUUUUUCUACUUGUUAACAGAUAUUUUUCUGUGAUCCACCCCCUGGGCUUGGGACUGAAUUGCAAGACACAAUGUCAGUACACUCAGCAUGGGACUUGGGAAGGUUUGAUAGGCAAUUGCUUUCAUGUCCCCUGUGAGGCAUGGAUGUAGCACCACUGAAACAUCUAAGACUUCACAUCCCUGGUUUUUGUUCUGGAACUCCUAUCCCAGUGGGUGCUCCUGGGACAGAAUGUAGUUGCUCAGCUUAUACCCAGCCAUUGUAGGUAAAGGAACCCUUAGUCUCCUCUUGGAGAAGAGAUUUCAAGAACAAUACCUGUCUUCAAAAUACAGUUCAGGAACAUAAAAGGGACAUCUUUUAUUGUUCUUCUUCAGAAAAAAGUUGAGGAAGGGAUUAAUAUCUUAGACUCACAUUUUUUUGUCAAUGGAUUUUUUUUGCUUGUGCUGGAGGAAUAGCAGCUCAAACCUCAAAGGUAAUAUCCAUGCCACCCAGCACCAGUUGUCCCAGCAAAACUAAAAAACUCUGUGCCCUUGAAAACACCUGCAUCAGUGGAAAAGAAUGAACUUUGUUUCUUGGGAAUGUGGAGGCUUGCAUCUGUUGCAGCCUGAGUUAGAUCUUGGUUUUAAAUCUAUAUAUAAAAUGUUACUGAAGAGACUCCUCAUGUGGAGCAGUGGCUGGGGAAGAAAUUGCUGUUAAAACAGCAGAAGCUGGAAGCAUAUGUGAAACCCAGCUUCUCAGACUUUUUCAGUUCUAAACCGUAACACAAGAUGGCAGUGCAUGUCAUCACUUUGGCAAGGAUCUCAACAAACUGGGACCUGGGUUGGGAAAUCUGUUUCAUGUCACAUGGAUGAAUACUGUUGCAGAUCAGACCUUCUCUAGAGUUGGAAUGCUUUGAAAGUACUGAGAUUUUUAAUGGUGCUAGAAAACUCAUAGCAUUUCUUUUCACUAGGAAUUAGAUGAGAGAGUUGGCUUUAUUCUCUACUAGCAAAGCAGUUUAAAGAGUGACACUUGAAUGACUGCUUUUCUUUAUUUUGAGAUCCUGGGUGAAGGCAGCAGAAGUUGUACUUUCUGCAUUUGAGGAAUGUAUGUAUGUAUUUGUAAUAUCCUUCAAAGAUAUUUGCCAUGUGCUCCAUCGUGGUGUAUUGGUACAUGUGAUGUGCUUCCACACUCUAAACAGAAAGCACCAAGAAUGAGUCUCCUUGGAUUUGAUGUGGUGCAGCCUGAGGAGAAGUUAAAGGCAAAUCAUUCUUUUUUAUAAUCAUUUCAUAAUUAAAUGAGGAAAAAUCUCCCAGGCUAAACCAUGUUUGAGGGGAGGUUGUAGCCAGGUGGGAUUUGUCUCUUCUCUCAGGUAACCUGUGACAUGGUAAGAGGUGAUGGCCAUGAGUUGUGCCAGGGGAGGUUUAGGUUCAGGGCUAGGAAAUAUUUAUUUACUGAAAGGGUGUACUGGUCAGACACUGGAACAGGCUGUGAAGGAGAUGGUGAAUUUCCAUUCCUGGAAGUAUUCAAAAAAUCUGUGGAUGUGGCACUUGGGAACAUGGUUUAGUUGUAAUGUGGCAGUGAUUGGAUCAAGGUUGGACUUGAUGAUCUCUGAGGUCUUUUCCAACCAAAGUGACUCCAUGAGUCUGUGGAAAGUACUGGCUUCAAUUCUAUCACUUUGUGGCCUUGGGCAAAUGCAUUAGUUACUGUUACUCCAUUCAUUAAAUGGUUUUAUUAAGGAUUUGCUGAAUUAUAACCUCCUUUCUUAAUGCCUAAAUUAAGUAAGUAGCUAUGUGAAGUCUGUUGAGGUACAACUUACUGGAAGCAUAAAUCAUCCUCAUUUCAAGUUAACUUUGAGUAGAGGAGACCUCUGUAAAUGAUACACCAUGACAGCCAGUUAAGAGUUCUCAUGAGAAUUGAAGGGGAAAGUAGUUCCAAAUUUGAGAGUGUCCUGCUUUGAUAGGUGUAGUGUAACUAAUGCUCCUAUUCCUUACUGACUUGAAAGUGUAUGAAAGAUGGAAUCUAAGUUCUGGAGGUGGCUGGUGACAUAUCUAUUUUGUGCCUGUCUGCUGAUUACCAGAGCUGCUGCUGGAUCUGAGGGUGUGGUGCUGUCAGGCAUUUCCUUAAUGGAAGAGGGCAUAACUGCACAAAAUGUGUCUAUCUUGAACUGUGUUGAUUUUGGAGACUCUAAGACAACUCUUAAACAGGGAUGUCUUAUUUCUGCUUGUCAUUCACUACUGCUGCUUCCUGAGGUAAUGUAACUGAGAGUUCAAAAAUCUUCAGAGUGUCUUUUUGGUGUGGCAUCAGUGGUACCUAAAAAUGUGCAGCUGAGGUUCUGCAUGCUGGCAGCACAGAUCUUACCACAGGCUGAAAAGAGGAUUCAUGUAUUAAAAAUUAAUUCAUAUAAGUGUCUGUUGAGUGUGUAGGCAUUUGUUGUGCUCAGUGCUGUUCAAAAAGGCUUUGCAAGUUGCCUUCAGUUUCAGAGAAAGAUUAGCUUACCUUCACUUUAGCAUGUUGUAUCAUAAUGGAGAAAUAUAAUGGUUACUGGAGUAAAUGUUUACAUUAAAAUUCACAGUUUCACACAUCUCCAGUACAAAUGAAGGUGUGUGACCUGCAAUUGCAGAAGCUAUUCUAAAAAACAACAAAAAAAAAUCUCUGCUUGCUCUGUUGUAACAUACAUCUGAGCAAGAUUAGGUGUGUGGUAUCUUUGUUGUCUUUGGCUCUUUCUGUUUAAAUCUCCAGGAAAUCUGAAGACUCAAGCCUUUGAUAGGGGAAUUCUGUGAAGCGAAGUCACAGAAGUGUUGAUUUGAGAUUCUCCUUUCUUGUUCCUGCCCACCAGAAAAGACCUCUAAGAAGAAAUCCAGUUUUCCAGAUUUUCAAUGCCUUCCUAAUGGCCAGCAGCAUGUCUGUCAGCUGUUACCCUGUUUGUCACUUUGUUAAUCAUAAAAAUACUGUAUUUUGGACUGUUGCUACGAGUACCUGAUAUGCCUUUUUGAGCACUAAUUACACUUGUGCAACAGGAGUGUCAUCGCUGCGUGCCUUGGAACGUUUCAGGCGUAGGAGGCAAGGGCUUGAAAGGAUUAGACACUGGCAAUCAAUUUUGGUAGUGCCUUGGACUAGGACCUGCUGAACUGUAUGAUGCAUGCAGAUAGAAUAAACAUGGAAGAGAAGGCUUAAAAAGUUGAAGUCAUUUCCAUACAAAGGAGGAUUAUUGAUGAGAAUCUGAACUGUGGUAAAGAUGUCUCCAGGCUGACACUGGUGUCCCACAUUGAUGUACAGCUGGAACAGCCAUCAGGACUUCUGGAACAACAGAACAAUGAUCCAACUUAAACUGAAGCCUCAACAGCCAUUAGCAAAGUACACCAAAAUCCAGGUGUUUGUGCCCUGCAGUAGCACUUCUGACACUGUCCUGUUAUGAAGCUCUUUUUUUUAAACAUCCCUCCUGAAGAGAAGCAUUGCCCUGCACUCAGAGGCCAGGGGGAAUCCCAGAGCAAAAAAAAAAGACAUUUUGCCAGAUGUUGACACAUUUCUGCUGUGGACGCUAAUUUGCGUUGAAGCUGCUGCUGAUUCAACUUCUGCACUUCCUAAACAGAGCGGGGAGGGGAAGUUAUUUAAAAGCAAAAUAAAGUCAAGAGCCAAAAUAUUAGACUGA